GCGCUAAGAUCAAUCUCUGCGCGCAAAUGUGCUUCGCUCUACAACCUGCUCAUUCAACCUCGCGUUGAAGUAGUUAGGAUUCUGUGGCUUUCGAUGUGCCCCGCACUUUCUUCGUCUUCGUCACAACCUUUGUCUGCAGCACCUAUCAAGAACGGACUGUAUGUCUCCCGAUGACGCUCCUCCGUCCUCCCUCUCACAGCCCCACCUUCUCACCCCAACCGAAAUAUCCAAGAAUCCUAACCUUUCCUCGCAAAUAAUCUACCUCGUCAACUCCGCAUUCCGUCGGUCUCAAGCACAUGACCAGGAUAGAUGGGAUCAGGGAAUAAUUCAAGCAAAGUUGCUGCUUGCGCUGCCGCCGUGCCAUGGGCUGGAGGUUUCAAUGCUAAGGAAUCCCAUUGGGGUGAACAAGGCUGGGAAAUUAAGACGGUGUGUGUCGAAGGUGAUGUGAAGUAUACUAGUAUGGGACUUGCGGUUACUCUUCUCGAUUUUCUGGAACGGUUUCUUAUCGAUCUAGAAAUAAAAAAAAUGCGAUCUCGUGGAAGGCAAUAGAAUGAGGGUUGAGGGAGGGUGGUUGUUGAAGCUUUAGAUUCAGGCUACACAGUGUCUCAACGGGGUAUAUUGGAGGAAUAGAGGACAUAAGGAAGUAAGGAAGAUUGUUCAGAAGGCAGGGAUUUGGUCUUGUCGGACGAGCUUUGAGUUGAUUGUUUUGGUGCGAGAAAUCGAGUUCGAGAUA